GCUCGCGUCACUGCCCGUCGCGCGGACGAGGGAGCUGUCGGGAAACCGGGACCCUCACUCCCGCGUAGACUGCAGCUUGCCGCGCGCGGGAAGACCCUACCGGCGCCCAACCGUUUCCCACCUCCAGGACACCAGCACCUCAGGCGGAGCCUCUGGGAGGAAGAGGAGGGUAGGAGCGUGACUCUUCUGGCCCGGGACCGCGGCCAGGGCGGGACCCGGGACCGUGUUGCCUUGGAGGCGCUGACCGGGGCGGAGCAGCCCCUGGAUUCCUACAGAGGAGCCACUCUUGACAGAGGCCUCUGUCAGCCGAACCAGAGAUGGCAUCAGUAGAUUUCAAGACCUAUGUGGACCAGGCCUGCAGAGCUGCAGAGGAGUUUGUCAAUGUCUACUACACCACCAUGGAUAAGCGGCGGCGGCUGCUGUCCCGCCUGUACAUGGGCACGGCCACCUUAGUAUGGAAUGGAAAUGCUGUUACAGGACAAGAAUCCUUGAAUGAGUUUUUUGAGAUGUUGCCUUCCAGUGAGUUCCAGAUCAACGUGGUGGACUGCCAGCCUGUCCAUGAUGAAGCUACAUCAAGCCAGACCACAGUCCUUGUGGUGAUCUGUGGAUCAGUGAAGUUUGAGGGCAACAAACAGCGGGACUUCAACCAGAACUUCAUCUUGACCGCCCAGGCCUCACCCACUAACACAGUGUGGAAGAUAGCGAGUGACUGCUUCCGGUUCCAGGACUGGGCCAGCUAGUGGGGUGAGAAAGGCUUCUUGGCUUCAGCCCGGCUGCGCAGAGGAACGCCAGUCUCAGAUCUCAGGAUGUGGAGGGCGCAGUUCAUUUUUGUUGUCAAAACAGCACUGCGAACUGGAUGUUAGACUCCCAGAAGCCCCUUUCCUGGUCAUAUACUGGGUUGUCAUAGUUGCCUUUUGAAAGUAGUAAACUUGCUAUUUUUCUACUUAAUCAGUAGAGACAUUGUUUCUGGAAGUUGAAAAAUAAAUAAUAUAAAUGUU